AUGAUACUUAUUAUGUUCAAGACGGCCCAUUAUCUAAUUCAUUUCAUAUAUAUAUUCGCAAUGUCUAGUUCUUGCAAGCAUGCAAAUGAUUGGUAUUAUUUUAAAUUAAAAUUAACAUCGCCAAAUGUGGAGCAGGACUCAAACACUCAUCUCGAUGAAAUGACUUGGAGACAAUUCAUAAGACACGCUUUGAAACAUUCGCAUGGGGUUUUUGGGGAAGCAAUUGAAUUUGACUUUUUAAAUCAGGACAAUGGUACUGCGUACGUUAAAGUAGGAUACGAUGAUCGUGAUAAUUUCUCUUCUGCGCUAUCAUCAUACAUUUCAAGCGAUGAACUUGUUGGCUUUCCAUUGGUUAUUCAUAUACUGCAAUCUACUCCUAACGCAGCCUCUCUUCAUGUAGAGGAAAGCGAUUUUAUAUGGUUAAAUAACUAUAUCGAGAUUGAAAAAUCUGAUUUGGAAUGUAAAUAA